CUGAGCAAGCAGUUAUAAAAUGUCAAUAUAAACAAAUCCCAAAUCGUCCAAAAGGAAAUUUUUAUAAAACCCGUCAGUUUUAUUUGAGGUGUCAGGAUAAACGCAGGCUAAUUGGAGCUGUUUUAAAAGAAAUAUUUGAUUUUUUAAUUUAUUUUAUAUCUGCCGCUGCUGUCCGACACUUCCUGUUCAGUUUUGUAACGAUGUGAUAACAACUUAUGCAAGUUCAGCGUGAGAAUCAAUUGGAGCAAAGAGCGCAGAGGUCACAGGUCAUCUCCCCUCAGCCAAGAUGUCUGCGAUGCGGCGGUCAGUGAGCGAAGCAUUCUGGGCGAUGUGUGCAGCAGACUCCAUGUCUAUGCCGGUCCACUGGUACUAUGACAUCAACGACAUCAGGAGGGACUUCGGUGGCUGGAUAUCAGGCUUCAACUCGCCUCCUGAGCGUCACCCGUCCAGUAUCCUCACCCUCUCCAACACAGCCGGCAGUGGUCGCACCAACUGGUCUUCUGGUGCGAAGCGAGCCAAUGUGGUCGGCAGCGUCAUUCUCCAUGAUAAGCUGGAGUUGUGGAACUCCUCAAGUGGAUCGAUCCACUAUCACCGAGGUCUUCAGGCAGGUGACAACACGCUGAACAUCCUCUGCUCCCUUCGAGUGGCUCGGACACUUGUCUCCAGAGGUUUUGUGGACGUCUCUCAGCCGGAUGCUCGAGCUGCUGUUCUGUCAGACUACGUCCACUUCCUGACCACACCCGGUUCACACAAGGACACCUACGCUGAAUCCUUCCACCGCUCAUUCUUUGCUGACUGGCAGGAGAGCAAACCGACCUCGCCACAUGAAGUUCUGAAGUUUGCAGAGGAACGCUCCGGGAUGAAAACGAGCUCUCCGUUCCCUGACUGCCAGCUAGAUGCCAUUGGCUGCCUUCCCAUGAUCCUUCCUUUCAUCCUUCUGUCUGCCUCAGCCAAUGAGGAGCGAGCCGUUUCAGCAGCGGUGGAGUUCGUAAAGCUCACCCAUCCUCACCCCAACGUGCCCGAGUACGUGACGAUCUACAGCCGGGCACUGCACGCGGUACUGGGCGGGGCCAGUGUCCGUGAGCAGGCUGAGCAAGCUCUGAGGAGACUGGAUGCCUGGGACGCCUGCCAGAGCUUCAGUCGCAAGGCGGCCAAGUUUUCUGUGUCCUCUGAGGAGAGACUGAAGGUCCAUCAGAGCGCUGUGAACUACCUUGGUAUGGCCUGCUACAACAAAGGUGCUCUGUCCAGCCUGUUCUACCUGGCCCACGAGUUUCACGAUGACCCCAAAGGAGGAAUCCUGGCAAACACCAACUGUGGAGGUGAGAACUGUAACCGUGGAGCGGCGCUCGGGGCCCUGCUGGGGGCCGGAGGCGCCCACACAGGAAAAUGCAUCCCACAGGAGUGGAAGGAUGACCUAAGAGAUGCUCAGGAAUUUAUCCCUGACAUCCUGAAGGACAUUGUUUAAGAAGAUUAUUGCCCCCUGGAGGAAAGAAGAGGAACAGAAAUCGCACGGCACUGUAACUUUAAAAACUCCACCGCUUCCUGUUUACAAACUUGAUGAUUCCACAUUCAAACUUUUUGUUUUUAAAGAAUAAACUCUUUAUCACAUGUGUUUUAUUUUUAUGGGAAAAAAAGAGCAAACUUGAACUUGAAAUGUAGCAAUGAACUGUUUACGUUACAUAUUUAUUAUUUGCCUUGCCAUCAUUUCACCUGCAGCCUUUAAAUGAUCAAAUCAAAAAUAUGUGUUUUUGCUCACAUGGAAAAAAUAAACGAAAUGAUUCAAUGAGUGUGAUUUUUGAUUUAAUAAAAGAAUGUA